AUAUUGUUAUCUUUAAAAUGAAAAUUCUCAACAUUAUUUGUUUUAAGGUUCGCAAAGCAACUGACGCACUCCUUCUAAAUGCCUUUAUUAAAUGCUUUUGCACCAAGGUUUAGGAGAAUGGUUUAGCAAUCAUCACUUGAGAUUGUUUGAGUUUUCACUUAGAAAAAAAAAAAACAAGAAUAUACUUCUAUUGAAGCAUAUUUCGUAAUCAUCCGGUCUUUUGCAGGUGUUUUUUCAUUGAUUUUUUCCUUCGAGCUUGAAUGAGUGUCGAUAGCUCCUAAUAAAGAUGUUCCUGGGGCGAAUUGCACACCGUAAUAAACCUAUUUUGUGGGCAGAGUUCUCAUAGGUCCAAUUACAGCCGCGAACGAUGGCAGUUAUAGACAGCACAGACCAUUUUUAUGUUAAAUUCAUCGAGCCGAAGCGAGUUGUAAACAAAAAUUUUGUUUUGAUUGCUGAUAUUGUUUAUUUGGUUUAAAUAGAUCUCGUGGUUUGUACGAAUUUUUGUGGUAUAUAAUUUUAUUUCUUAAAAUACUGCUUGUUGAACGGUUCUCGGAAAUUCUGUUUUGAAUUUUAAAGAAUAUAAACCAUUGGGCGCCAAAAUUCCUUAUUAUAGAGAGUUUUAAUCAUACAAGUCCCGAGGCAGUCUUUUGAGAUGUUAAUAAUGCUGUAAAUUAUUUUCCUUUGGUUCAUUUACAUCUUGAUAAGGCGAUGAAGUGAAUGUGGGAAAGAUUUCACACGCAUUGAUGUUGGAAAGGCUCUUUCGAACAGUAAAUAAAGGUGAAAAGGAAAAUCUUAGAUUUAAAUGAAAUUUUAAUCAGGCAAAAAUUCAAGCGUAAAAACAGACAGAUUGAGCUUCUCAACGCUUUAUGCACGCUAUUUAAUUAAACAGCGACGUUGGUAGCCCGGCUGAAAUCGAUCAAAAACCAAUCUUUGUUGACCAUUGGCCAUCCAGCUUACCACAUCUCAUUUUAUCAGGGAAGAUAUCUUCGGAUAGUUUUAUCGCUGACGGUUUCGAAGGAAACUCAAAGAAGACAGACGCAUAAACAGUUGGGGUUCCGCAGAGAAACGACCGCAAAAAACGAUGCUUCCCCACAGUUUAACACUUCAACAUUGCUUCCUGUCGAUUUUCACGUUUAAAGUAAUAUUGGUGACAAUGAAGUAUCAAAGUUGUCAUGCUCAAAUAAACAGAACAAAAAUUGAGCAAAGUCUGAUAAAGGCUCUCUUUAAAAAUUAUGAUUCGGAAGGAAGACCAGUUUUGAACCUGUCAACACCAGUUGUAGUCAAGUUUGGAUUAGCCUACAGUAAUCUUCAAAGUUUGGAUGAAAAGAAUCAAGUUUUGACAAGUAACGUUUGGAUAAGACAGCAAUGGCACGAUCCUUGGCUGUCCUGGGACGCAUCAAAAUACAAUGGUCUCAGCUCUAUCAACAUAAGUCCCAACUUGGUGUGGAAACCUGAUAUUGUUCUGCAUAACAAUGUCAAUGAAGAAGGAGACCAUGGCGAGCAGUAUCUGUUCGACACAAAGAUCAUCGUCAGCAGUGACGGUACAGCCACGUGGUUGUCCCCAAAUCUCAUCAAAAGUUCGUGCAAAAUCAACGUCAAGUAUUUCCCUUGGGACAUACAGACAUGUUACCUCAAAUUCGGCUCAUGGACUUUCAAUGGCUUCAAACUUGACCUGGAUUUCUACGGAGAAAAACCUGGUGCGGACUUGAGUACUUUCACACUAAAUGGUGAGUGGGAUCUGUUGUCAGCGGACGCGACGAGGAACGUGGUUUAUUAUGGAUGCUGCGUGGAACCUUAUCCAGACCUUACGUUCGAGAUAAAAAUAAAGCGGCGUACCUUGUUCUACGUGAACAACUUGAUUGUGCCGUGCAUCGUCCUAGCCCUUCUUACAGCAACAGCGUUCCUCUUUCCGCCUCAAACGGGCGAGAGAAUAUCUCUUAUGAUCACCAUUCUACUUGGUAUGACUGUUUUUAUGAUCGUAGUGAUUGAAGCCAUACCGUCUACGUCAGAGGUGACUCCUCUUAUAAGUACCUACUUCUCUGUAGUCAUGAUCGAGAUUUCCCUGGGUCUCCUGUGCACCUGCAUUAGUCUCAACAUAGAGCAUCAACAUCCUAAAAUGGAACUCACAGGAUGGACACGGUACAUCUUGUUCGAGGUACUGGGUCCUAUUCUGUGCAGCAACUCUUUAAAGAGACUGAAGAGGAAACAGCUCAAAAAUAAAGUAAAAAAUGAACCAAUCGAAUGUUACGUGAAAGAGAACCGCAUCGUCCCCGACGAUGACAAAAUCGUCGUUACGAACAUAAAGUCGCAAGAGGAUGUGAAAAACACUGUUAACGUGGAAGAGAAGGAGGUUAAAGUGGCGGGUAUGGAAAAAGUCUCCAAGUUCAUAGAUCGGGCUUUGUCUGAAGAUAAGCGCAAACUAGAAUGGCAUGUUGUUGUAAACGUUAUUGACAAUUUCUUUUUUUUUCUAUUUCUUCUGACCAUCGUUAUUUCUUCGCUGGUGGUACUCAUACAACCGAAGCCAGAGAGCUGAAAAUUUGUUGGUCAUUGCCUAGACGUAAUAUAUAGAACAAGCGUCAUUUCUUUAAGUUUUCUGGGCGGGCAGAUGGAGGCAAGUGCAGGGCUUGUGCGAGGAAAGCCCGACGAGUGAGUCACGCAAUGAAGACCGCUCAUCCCUCGCUCAUAACUCGCGUUUGACACGCGCAUGAAUUUCGCACUGAGCUCACUCCACUCGCCCGAAGAAUCGCGAGAGAAUGACAUUUUUUGCGAAGGUUAUUCUUGAUAACGUACAUUAAGGGAUUACUUGUGCAUUAAGACUUUUCAAUGAAUGCUAUAUGGGAAGAGAACUCGGUGGAUUGUCAUUCCCGUAAACGUGAAUUUUAGUCAAUUCGCAGUCUUCCGAAAUCUUGAGACCACAUAAUUGCAGGAAAGAGUUGCAGUGACCUCAAGCCAUAAGUUAGUCUUAAAGGACCCUGGUUUGCAAAACUGCGGUAUAUUUUAACAUUUUACAAUGGAGCAGAGGCAUCCGCGAGGCAAGCACGCAAGAGGAGGGACGCGACCUCGCGUGACACUAGCACUCUAAAGUCGCCUUACGCUUGCUUCCGCUCUCCUGAAAGAACGCGUAAAAGAUAAGCAGCCCUAAAGGAUCUUAAAAGGACCCCUUCGAUUUAAAAAAAGAACACAAAGAUUCGUUCUACAUGUCUCAGGGCGUAAAUCAUCCGCAAUUGUAACUGUCAAAAUUAUUGUACUAUUUUCCAGUCUUUCGCAUACUCCUCAAAACACAAGGAAAAGUUUUAUAGCAAACACCUUUUGACUAAGAAUACAAUAACCUUAAGAUCAAUCUGCAUCUCACUGAUAUUUUAAGAGAGGCUGGUGUUCAUAAAAAUGGGAAGAAGUACUAGUGUAAAAAAGAGGAUUAAGACGUUUCAUUGUAACUGUGAUGUUCAUAGCCGAACAGAUUGCAAAUUAAAUUAUUCAUAGCGUAAACUA